AAUGGUUCCAGGUACCUGGGUAGAGGGCGCACAGGUGGUACACCUGACUACCCAAUCGGCGAUUGCUGCGAGUUUUGAAAUUCUGCCGUGACGUCACAGGGACUUAAGCUAUAUAUAUAACUACUAGGUAAAUAUGUUCAAAAAUUUAUUUUAUUAUGAAAAUAUCAUUUUUUUCUCUUAGUGUUUGGACACUUAAAAUUUUUUUUUUAAGAUUUCUAUCAUCCUUUUGAACCCUGUCGUAAUCCUCUACUCAGCAUCUCAGAUCUAGGUUGGAGAGCCCAUUGAGGAACCAGAAGUUUCUGAAACGUGGUCCCCUGAAGUUCGAAACCUUUGCAUCUAUUUCAUAGGGCUGAAAGUGUUCACUUAGGACUGCUUUGCUCCUCUACCAUAGUUCACAUAGAGUCCUAUUGUAUUUAUAUAAGGAGGGAGGCUCUGUCUCAAGUUCCCACUCAACCAACAGCAGGGGAUUCCCUCUGUGGUUAGAUCAAUUAAGUCUGUUGAUCAUUCGAUUAUUCAAGGAAUUGGAAAGUUCAGAUAGACGUACUGAGCCGUCAGAAACAUUUCCCUCCCACCAUGGAACUUUGAUCACCUGGUUUAUUGGGAUCUGUGGAUUUUGUUGGGUAGACCGACUUUGAACCUUGGUGCCACUUCAAGGAACCUUUGCCCACUCCUCAAGUUUAUUUUUUAUGCUUUGCCAGCCUUCGGACAACUCCUUCACUGCAUAGCUCCAGUUGCCACCUUGAUAGCCAUCAGAUAAACCCUUAGCCACCGAGUUUCCACAUGAGUAGAGGUGCUCCAUGGCUUUACUGUUCCAUAUAACCAGGGCAACAGACAGGAAGUGCUAGAUUUUUUCAGGCUUAUUGUGACUUACAAUGACAAUUAUCCUAGUUCUGACCCAGGAAGGGGUUUCUGAACCUGCUAUGGUUUUUGGUGCUCAAGCCAAGAUCCUUCCACCAACCAUGUCUUCUCAGACAUUCUAGUUUCAAGAUAUUCCAUCAAGGAUGGACCAAUUGCCCAGACAACUGCAGGAAGCUAGUCAUCCUUAAGAGUCUUUGUAAGACGUAAUGUAGAGGCUAUUGUAGGAGACCUAAGUCAUUCCUCUUACACCACCUACCAGACUGAGCAAUAAAUUUUCUGAAGCUGGCGUCUCAGACUCAAUGCCUCUUCAUCCGAGACAUCUGUGACCUGUGUGAUGGAUUACCUCUUUUUAUCUAAGUGGAUCUAGAAUCUCUCUUAUUCCUCCAUUAGGAGUAUUGGACCAUGUUUAAUCCAUUAUUCGGUGUUUACUUCGAGAAUGGCAGGAAUAGACUGACAUCAUAAGCUAAAGUUUCUUCCUGAUACACUCCCAAUAGGACUAGGAGGUGGACCUAGUUGCCUAUACAAACAGUUGAAGUGUUACCCACAAAAUUUUGAAUUCAAGCUGCUGUAUAAGUGGAACUUAUAGCAAUGUAAUUACUUGGUAUGUAUCUAUAAAACCUUAUUUGUUUAUAAAAAUGUAAUUUUUCAUAUGUUAUAUAAACCAGAGUCUUCACAAUUGGAAUCCACCUCAGCCACCCCACUCUGUCCUUGUAGCUGAAGGAAAAGUGAGUGGUGACAAGGCUACCGAAGCGUAUUGCCCCGCUCACCCCCAUCUCCAACACUUAAUAACCUUGUUACCAACUUCAGUGACUGCCCCAGUUUGCAUUGAAGGAUACUGUUGUAUAAAAGGCUCUGAUUUUUUAUAACAAAGAUUUGCAUGUGACAAGUUAUGAGGUAGAUUUUAUGAUUGUACAAAUGUGCUUGCUUGUAACAUGGGGUCAGUGAAUUCUAUAAUGGACAGUUUGUGUUGGUAAAAUAUACUUUUUUAAUGUAUAUCUUUUCAGAUGCUACCAAGGAAAAGGAGUUCAUAUAGCUUUAGUUUUCAGGACACACAAAGGCAUGUCUAGAAGACUUCAGUGUGCAAAAAUCAGGAGUGGUCUUAAAAUAUCCAACAUGAUCGUUCUACAGGAUUAGAUGGCCUUGGUAAAGAUGAGAAGAAUUAUUUCUUAAUGAAUUGUUAACCUCUGAAUUACUCUGGAAUGGUAUUUUACAAUACUUAAGGUUUUGUUAUAACCAGCAUCAUGUGGUCAGAUACGUAUUGCAAGAGAACUUACGUCAGUUUUGAAGAAAUAUCUUAAGUAUUCCAACAAUUUGUAAGGAGUUUGUGUUAUACGUUUGGAAGAAUUGCUCUACCUGUAGAUUUUUACCCACACUGGUUAAAACUGGUCAGAAAUUGAGGAAAAUAUGUAAGUCAGUGAAUACUAUCUUGCUGCACAUGAAAUCUUAGAUAAUUAGAAGGCUCACUUUAUAUCAUUUAUUGGGGAAAACUGUGGUUGUCUGGUUGACCUAUGUCGGUAGAGGUGAUCUCUGCAGGAUAAUGGCUUUUAUGUGUCAGAAGUGUGGGACCAGUUUUUAUGAGGAGAGUGAACUUACCACACAUGAGUGUGUUGAAAGUGAAGUUACCACAGCUGGCACGAAAGAAAUCUCCUCAGUCUGUCAGAUAUGUGGCAAGGGGUUUUUACAAAAAAGUAAGCUAACGAGACACAUGAGGACGCAUACAGGAGAAAAGCCUUUCUUGUGUCAGGAAUGUGGGAAGGGUUUUCGUCGUAAAGAACACCUUACCAUACAUAUACGAACGCACACAGAAGAAAAGCCAUUCAUAUGCCAAGUGUGUGGAAAAUGCUUCAGCCGAAAGGAGCAUGUUACAAAGCAUUUGAAAAUCCAUACGAAGGAGAGGAGAUUCUUUUGUCAGAUAUGUGGGAGAAGAUUUGGUCAAAAAGUUCACCUCACUGUGCAUAUGAGAACCCAUACGGGGGAAAAGCCGUUUGAGUGUCCCGAAUGUGGGAAAAGAUUCUGUCAGAAAGCCGAGCUGGGCUCACACAGAAGAUCACAUACGGGGGAAAAGCCAUUUGUUUGUCAGGAAUGUGGAAAAGGCUUUGGUCAGAAAGGGCAUCUUGGCAUACAUAUGAAAAUUCACACAGGAGAACUGCCAUAUUUUUGUCAAGUGUGUGGGAAGGGAUUUACUGAUAAAUGGAAUUUGGAUGAUCACAUGAAAAUUCACAAUAAUGAGAAACCCUUCACUUGUGAUGAAUGUGGUAAGGAAUUUAUUUUGAAAAAAUACUUUGCAAGACAUCUGAAAACACACGAAAGGAAGAGGUUGUUGAUGCAAUCUGAUCCUCCAGUGACAUUAGACAUGCAGUCUUCUGAGUUAGUGAACAGAGAAGAAAGUCCUUCUAACUUUGAGACUAAGUGUAAAAAAAGUUCAGAAAGUCAAGUUAAUGCAUCUGUGGGUAUGAAAAAUGGAGAGGAAAUAUAUCCCAUUGAAACACUUGAAGCUGUUUACAUUAAGGAGGAAAGUGUGUACAUUAAGGAGGAACCUUUCAACUGGACAGAGGAAGAGAAAGACAGUAACAUCUGUAUCAAGGAGCACGUUACAAAACAUUUGAAAAUCCGUACGAGGGAGAGGAGAUUCUUUUGUCAGAUAUGUGGGAGAAGAUUUGGUCAAAAAGGUCACCUCACUGUGCAUAUGAGAACCCAUACAGGGGAAAAGCCGUUUGAGUGUCCCGAAUGUGGGAGAAGAUUCUGUCAGAAAGUCGAGCUGGACUCACACAGAAGAUCACAUACGGGGGAAAAGCCAUUUGUUUGUCAGGAAUGUGGAAAAGGCUUUGGUCAGAAAGGGCAUCUUGCCAGACAUAUGACAAUUCACACAGGAGAACUGCCAUAUUUUUGUCAAGUGUGUGGGAAGGGAUUUACUGAUAAAUGGAACUUGGAUGAUCACAUGAAAAUUCACAAUAAUGAGAAACCCUUCACUUGUGAUGAAUGUGGUAGGGAAUUUAUUUUGAAAAAAUACUUUUUAAGACAUCUGAAAAGACACGAAAGGAAGAGGUUGAUGCAAUCUGAUCCUCUAGUGACAUUAGACAUGCAGUCUUCUGAGUUAGUGAACAGAGAAGAAAGUUCUUCUGACUUUGAGACUAAGAGUAAAAAAAGUUCAGAAAGUCAAGUUAAUGCAUCUGUGGGUAUGAAAAAUGGAGAGGAAAUAUAUCCCAUUGAAAAACUUGAAGCUGUUUACAUUAAGGAGGAAAGUGUGUACAUUAAGGAGGAACCUUUCAACUGGACAGAGGAAGAGAAAGACAGUAACAUCUGUAUCAAGGAGAAACCUUUCAAUUGGGCAAUGAAGGGUGAUAAGAGUGUUAUAAAGGAGGAAUCUGUCAGUUGAACAGUGAAAGGGGUUUGCGUGAUGGAAAUUCAGGGCUUGGUCAACCUUUUGCUUGAUCUGAUGUUUAUAGAAGAAAUAAAUAACUUUCAAGAACCCAGAUAAUGUUGACAAAGAUUUAGAUUUAUUAACUUAUAUUUUUGUUUUUAUUUGUUAGGUUAAAUGUAUGUGAAACAAUGUUUACAUUAAAGAUUAAAUAAAAAUAUUGUAUUAACUAAGUUUAAAUAAGUUAAAUAAAUUGCUUGUUCUUUAAGCUGCUCAUUCACUUUUAUUGGAAGAUAACUCGUUUCUUUGACAAGUGUACCCCCUAGAUAUUAACCAUAAAUGUAAAUUUGUUCCGAUAUGUAUACAAACCCUUGGUCCUUCAACAAGAGGAAGGUACUUAGCGGCAGCUGAACCGGUCGUAAGCUUCGGACAAGGGGGAUCGGUAGUUAACUACUUGUCAGGCAGUUGGCGGUCAGCUUGACUGCGAGGAGAGGAGUCACUUUGCUUUCGGCCGCACUGGUGGAUAGACGUGCUGCUCGCCUCUCUACCCGCUUUCAAGUCGUAUGCUUGGUUUUCUUCACACCAUGAAGGCUUUUCUCUUUUUCUCUCACUCUGUGUUUGUGCAAAGCUUCCAUAAGUACGUGUCUGUAUUUUUUAUAUUCAUACACAAGUGAUAGUGAAUAUUAUGGAUUCCUGAGAGCCGGAGAGACCCCCUCACCCCUCCCAUCAGCCGCAGAUUGUGCCCUGGUGUGGAGGGCCAUAAGUGUGGGGCCUUUCGGUCCUCUGUAGAGGUAGACCCUCAUGAAUUUUGCACUCGGUGCCAAGGGCGAGAAUGCUCUCGCACCGAGCCUUGUUGUGUGUGUAUUGUUUAUUUGGAGGAGCAGUGGGAGUGCUGUGGAGGGAGGAAGAAACUGCGUAAGCCGGCCAAGGAGUCAUCGGAGGGUUCUCCAGUUGCUCCCUUUGUCACGGACACUUCUUCUUCCUUUCUCCCUCCAUCUCAGCUCCCUCGUAUGGCUCCUUCCCCUUUUUUUUUGGGGGGGGGAUAUCUCGCUCGUUCUCCUCUCUCGAUCAGUUGAGCGUGGAGGACGGGGCUAGGUACCCUGAUGUUCAGUUGUAUUCGGGGUCGUCCGUUCGCUCGGGGUGGGAACUGUCCCGCCCCGGGCGAGGGGAAACCCCCCCACUUACUAACCCGACGCUGCUUCCUUCCUCAGAUCUGCUUGCCACGGGGGACGAUCUCGGCCGGGCCUGGUACUCGCUGGUGCUUCAGGGGACACCGAGUGUUCAGGGGCUGCUGAGUCAUCUGGCGAGAGGGGCCAGGCCGGUAACUCAUGGCCCAACCACCAUGACAACCACGACGGUAUCCACGCCUGGCUACACUGCUCCACCGCACCUGGUCUACACCCAGCACAUUGCCAUGGUUACCCCGACAGCUGCUGUUCAGGCGCCGCUGCCGGAGAUGAAGAGGUUCACUAUGACGCCCCCGCCUGGUUUUGCCGCUCUUGCUCCAGCCCCUGACUUCCGGUGUCCCAAGAGCUCUCCCCUGGACCUGCCUCCAGUACAGAGGAUGCCGCUGGUUCCUGCCCCGCCUCCCGUUCCUGAGAUUGCUGCCGCUCCAGUUCCAGUACCAGUUCCUGCUGCUGUUGUUCCUGCCCGUGGUGUUGCUGCCCCCACCCCAGGUCCUUCCGGACAGGUGCAGUCGGGCCCUGUUGCUUCAGCAACUGCCCCGGCUCCGUCCUGGAUGGAAGACCUGAUGGUGGUCCUGAGGAAGCUGAUGAAGAAGAAGAAGAAGAGGAGGAAGGUGUCGUUGUUGUCUUCAUCGUCUUCUUCGUCGUCGUUUGCCACCGCUUCCCCUUCGACUUCCCUAAGAAGGCUCGCUCUGAGACUUCUAAGGCUCUGUCCCACUCCGGUGGGACGGUUGGGACUUCCGCUGGUCCCCCUGUUCCUUCGGGAAGGGGGCCCGUCUCUCUUUCCCCAAGGAAGAAGAAGACGGGGACCAGAGGAGCGCCGGCUAACACCGGUACCUCCUCGCCUGGCGCCAGAGGUUCUGCCUCGGCGCCAGGUACCGUCUCGGCCUCUCCUGCGUGAGAGUUACCGAGUGUACGGUCACCCAUGGGUGACUGUGCAGCCAAGACCCAGGCAACCAAGUCCGCUCGGUGCCAGGAUCCAGGCACAGAGCGGAAGACUGGCGGGAGUCGCCCAGGUGACUCCCACCAGGCCAGCGAUCGCUCUCGUGGCGAUCCGCUGGUACCCAGGGUUGACGCGACAGUCCCAGACCGGCCGCGGGCUGAGGCGAGGAAGCGGUCCCCUCAGUCGCCCAAGCGGUGUGACGCACCGUGAGGACAGGCCUCGCUCCCACCGCGACAGCGAACUCUGCUGGUCCCCUGACCGCCGCACCUACCGGGACCGGGCGGAGAGGGGGACCAGCCCAGGACCGUCGCCGCUGUUCUCGGUCCAGUCGCUUUACCUGGGAGAGCCGCUCUACCAGGCCUGCAGCUCGAUCGCCACCGCUGGUUGGCGAUCGCCUGCAACCCCCCCAUCACACUGGUUCUGCCGGUGGGGGAGGGGGGAGCGUCAGGUCUUCCUCUCCUAUCCCUUCAACUUCCUCGGGCUACACCGGGAAGAGCGAGGCGAUCAGGAGUGUUCGCGAGGGGCGCGCUCCUCGCGAUCCCACCACGACGCCCUACGAACCUGUCAUGGUCCUAGGACCGACCAGAUCGUAUGCGCAGCUGGCAGGAGGAGACCAUGAGGGGUCUCGGGAGGUGUUCUCGCUGGGCGGGCUUGACGGUCCAUCUCCGCAGGACGCAGUCACUCCCGAGAUCCAGAGGUUGUUCGCGGAGGUUAUUACGCUGAUUCGUCAGCACAGCGACCUCGGGGAAGGAUUGCCGCUCCCACCUUCCGAGCCUACAUCGGGUUUGGAGUCAUUCUGGGGACCCAAAAAGGAACCCAGGACGACGCUCUCGUCUCCAGACAGGAGGGUUCGCUUUGGUCCGGCAGGUCGUCCAAGCUCCUUCCCCCACCUCUACCGCGACAGAGGCGCUUUUACGUGCCAUCAGAGGACCCUCUGCCGCCCAAACAGGUUAACCCGGAGCUAGCUAGGCUAACUCCAGGGGUGUCUCUGCAGCAGCUCUUGUCGGAGAACCUCUGGUUCUCGCAGCAAGAGGCACUUGCCUUGGAAUCUACCGCUAAGGCAUCAUUCCAAGCAGUCUUCUGGAUCGACCUAUGGUCCCUCACAGUGUCUAAAGCUGCGGCCUCCUCAGGAAACAUCACUCCUGAAGGGGACCCGGCUUUCGUGAGACUGUGCCAGUCUGGAGGUAGGGCUAUCUCCUACCUGGCCCACCAGACGGCUAACCUGUGGGCCAACCUGGUUCUGAGGCGUAGGGACGCUGUCCUCCCUCAAGUGACCAGGGCAGCUGGGCGAGAGGUGGCCUUGGGUCUUCGCAACAGACCAGUGCGGAGUUCCUCCUCUCUCUUCCCCAGAGAGAUGGUGGACGUUACGGUGGAACAACGGUGCAUUGAUGAAAGUGACCGUUUAGUCCACCAGGCAGUCUCCAAGGUGGCUGGGCAACCUCGAACGACUGCGGCUAAGCCUAAGAGUUUAGCUAGCGCUUCCUCUGUGGCUAAGACGAUUGCUUUGUCGAAGCCGAGAGGAAAGACUGCCUUUGACUUCGACUGUAAGGAGUGACCGUAACCAGCCCUCCUCCCAGUCCUCCUCUCUCGAGGAGGAACCGGGAAGAAGUCGAAGAGAGGAGGAAAACGCUAGGGAUGGCGUUCCCCCUCACCUGCUGCCGGAAGUGGGGGGUGUCUGGCGAGCCAUUGGGCAACAUAGCAGCGCUGCGGAGUGGAGACCUGGAUAGUGAACGUCCUUUGGGAGGGAUAUUUACCGGUCUAUCAUCAGACGUAUGUUCCCUGGUUCGGCCAAGGACGUGGCGCUUCGGCAGGAAGUAGAAACCAUGCUGAGUAAACGUGCUGUGGAGAUCAUAUGGGAUCAGUUGCUGGGCUUCUACAGUCGACUUUUCCUGGUGGAGAAGUCCUCGGGGGGCUGGUGCCCGGUGAUAGACCUCUCUCCCUUGAACCGAUUCGUUUCCCAGACUCUGUUCACGAUGGAAACAGCAUGAUCAGUGCUCGAUUCCAUCAGGGAGAACGACUUCAUGCUUUCUGUGGAUCUGAAGGACGUGUAUUUCCAGAUACCCAUCCAUCAAUCCUCCAGGAAGUACCUCCGCUUCAUCCUCAAUGGGACGGUGUACCAAUUCAGGGCACUUUGUUUCGGUCUCUCAACCGCCCCACAGGUGUUCACGCGAGUGUUCACUCUGGUGUCAGCUUGGGCCCACUCGGUAGGGAUACGUCUUCUGAGGUAUCUCGACGAUUGGUUAGUCCUGGCGAGCUCCCGCGAGCUACAGGACAUAGAUCAACUCUUCGAAUUCUGCUGCGAUCUGGGGAUUGUAGUGAAUUGCGAAAAGUCAGAUCUCGAGCCCAAGCAGAGGAUGAAGUGCCUGGGCAUGCUGAUCGAUACGGUAGCAGGGUGAGUCUUCCCCGCGGAUUCGCGGAUCAGCAGGUUCAGGGAGGCAGCAGGGCGGUUUCUGUCCCUACAAGAGCAGCCAACUCAGCAGUGGCAGGUCGUGAUCGGUCACCCGUCGUCUCUCGAGAAGCUAGUCCCUCACGGGCGUCUUCACCUGCGGUCUCUUCAAUGGAGACUAAAGGAGUGUUGGUCACAGGCAAGAGACCCACCUUUCUUCCCCGUGUCCCUCACGGAGGAGGUGAGGCAGGACCUAGCCUGGUGGCUGGACGACGGGAAUCUCGUAAGAGGAGUGCCUCUUCGCAUCCCCCAACCCGGAGAUGUUGCUGUUUUCAGACGCAUCAACCAAGGGAUGGGGCGCACACCUGGAGGAGUUGCUGGCUGCAGGUGUGUGGAACCAUCACGACAGGCACCUUCACAUCAACAUCCUGGAGCUCAAGGCAGCGUUCUUCGCUCUCCAAGAGUUCCAAAAUCGUCUGGUGGGACACUCAGUGGUGUGGAUGAGCAUCAACACCACGGUAGUGGCAUAUGUCAGCAAACGGGGGCCUAGUGUCCCUCCCGUUGCAUCAGUUGACGUUGCGGGUGCACAAGUGGGCCGUGGCACACUCAGUAGAGCUGUCAGCCCGCUACAUUCCAGGCAAGAGGAAUAUAGUAGCCGACAAGCUCAGCCGUCGGGAUCAGGUGAUAGGAGCCGAGCGGUCCCUUCACCCAGACGCGGCGGAAAGGCUCUUCAACCUGUGGGGGCGUCCAGUCGUAAAUCUGUUCGCCACCCGGCACAACAGAAAACUCCAGGUUUUCUACUUGGUUGUGCCGGACCCAUGGGCAGCUGCAGAGGAGGCUCUUCAACACCCGUGAGACAGCCUCUUUGUGUAUGCCUUUCCCCCGUUCUGUCUGAUUCACAGGGUGAUCAGCAGGGCGCUGGUCACCUCGAACCUUCGGAUGAUCCUGCUGGCUCUGCUCGCUGAAGCACCGAGAGAGAUUCCCCCCUGGCACAACCUCCUGUGCCAGCCACACGUAGAACGGUACCACUGGUCGGUCGAGUCCGUGUCUUCACGGCUGGCUGUUAUCCACCAUCUCUUGCGAGCGAGAGGUUUUUCUCGCAGCGCAGCAACAGAGAUGGCUGGGUACCUCAAACAGUCCUCUGCAGCUGUAUACCAGGGAAAGUGGUCUGUCUUCUGUGGUUGGUGUCGUGGACUCUCAGAGCCACUAUUCAACAGGUAGCAGAUUUCCUCGUUUUUCUUCGCCGAGAGAAGCUCCUCUCCGUCUUUGCAGUUAAAGGCUACAGAGCCGCCCUUGCCCUAGUCCGUAAACUGCGAGGAGUGGAUAUCUCCUCCUUCUUCGAGAUCUCCCUCCUUAUGAAGAGCUUCGAGAGGUCUUGCCCACCCAGGGAACUCAGGCCCCCGGGGUGGGAUGUGACUCUCGUCCUUAGGAGUUUGACUCGGAAGAUCCUUUGAGCCACCCCGAGAGUCGUCAGACAGGGAUCUUACCCUCAAGACCCUCUUCCUGCUGGCCUUGGCAUCGACGAAGAGAGGAGGGGAACUUCAUGGUCUUUCCUUUGACGUUAAGCAUUCCAGGGGAUGGGGAUCCGUGACUCGAUUUCGUCCCGAACUUCUUGGCGAAGACGCAGAAUCCUUCGGUCCCUGACGACCGGUUCGAGUCUUUCACGAUCCCCUCCCUGAAGGACUUCACUGAUAAUGAUGCGGAUGAGAUGCUGCUUUCUCCUGUGAGGGCGCUACGGUGCUAUCUGAAGAGAGCUCGACACCUCAGGCCUGAGUGUCGACGCCUCUUUGUUAGCACCGGGGUUACCAAGAAAGAGGUUUCCAAGAACAAUCUUUCUGGCUGCGUGAGGUGAUCAGGAGGGCUUACGACGCGGAUGGUAGUGACGACACCCGUACCCUUCGUCCGAGAGCUCAUGAAGUCAGAGGUAUUGGUUCAAUCCUUGCGUUCCGCAAGAACUUCUCCAUGGCGCAGGUUCUGAAGGCAGGGGUUUGGGCCAACCAAACCACCUUCACUUCCUUCUACCUUCGGGAUAUUACCCACAGGUUCUUGGACACCUUUUCCUUGGGACCCAUGGUGGCUGCUCAACAAGUUGUGUAGUUUACCCAGCACCCGAGCAGACAGAACAGCAUCGCAUCCUUGUGUGACUGCAUGAAUGGAAGAGUGAAAGAGUGUGACUGGCUUCUCUUACUCCUUCGUUCUUUCUCCUCUACCUGUAGGCAGAGGGCCACGGUCGUCACAACGCUGAACAGGAAGCAGAUGCAGGUAAGCUACACGACUGAGCUCCAUCGUAUCCCUUUCAGUAGGGAUAGGAGUAUUUAUCCACCACUCCCCAACAAGGGGGCGAGUGGAAGCCAACAAGAGACAUACCCAUGACUUCAUAUUGGCUCUUGAAGUAGGAACUAGUUCUUGUGUUUUUGCUAUUUAUAAGAGGUACGCUUGCCUCCCUCUUAUAAAUUUGGUCCGGAAGUCUGACCACUGAUCCUGCGGUGCACACCCCGAUCAGCUGGGCAGAGGUUAGGAUCCCUCCCUUUGCUCUUACGACUAGGGAGGGAACCAAGGUCGGACGAACACCAGUCUGUUCAUAAGACUCAGAUUCCACCCACCAAUAAGUGAGUCUUCCUAUUGUUAAAGGACCGAGGGUUUGUAUACGUAUCGGAACAAAUAACAAUUUGUCGAAAAUUGUAUUUUUUCUAACUAUAGAAACCUGAGGUCCUUUACACAUAGUCCCACCUCAUGCCACCCCUCACUCUGCGUUUCCUAGGCCUAAAGCAAAGUGACUCCUCUCCUCGCAGUCGAGCUGACCGCCAAGUGCCGGACAAGUAGUUAACUAUCGAACCCCCUUGUUCGAAGCUUACGACCUGUUCAGCUGCCGCUAAGUACCUUCCUAUUGUUAAAGGACCUCAGGAUUGCAUAGUUAGGAAAAAUACAAUUUUCGACAAAUUGUUAUACUAUACUUGUUAAAGUCAAAGGGAAUUUCACACACUUUUUUUUUUUUUUUUUUUUUUUUUUUUUUUUUUAUAAGAAGGUCAACAUCGUAGCUUCAUGGCAGAUUCUAUGGUGUCAAAAUUGGCUGACUUUGGCUUUGAAGCCUGUAGGCAAGUGCCAACCAACAAGUUCAAAUUGAGCUCCCAGAUUUUGGAAUGAUAUGAACAUUUUGUAAUUUUGAAUUAUAGUCCUAAACAAC